AUGGUCAAGGAGUCCAAGCUCUACGAUUCAUUAGGCAUAUCAGAAACCGCGACGCAAGAUGAGAUCAAGAAGGCAUACCGCAAGGCGGCGCUGAAGUGGCACCCCGACAAGAACAAGGACAACCCGCAAGCUGCUGAGAAGUUCAAAGAAUGCUCACAAGCCUACGAGAUCCUCUCCGACCCCGAGAAGCGCAAAACGUACGAUCAAUACGGGCUCGAAUUCAUACUACGCGGCGGCGUACCACACCCUGAAGAUGCUGGAGGUGCGGGUGGUAACCCAUUUGCGGGUGCAGGAGGCGGUGGGGGCUUCCCCUUCGCAUCAUCGGGUGGCAUGCCCGGCGGCACACGCUCGUUCCACUUCUCGACGGGCGGCGGCGGCGGAAACGGCUUCAACUUCUCCAACGCCGACGACAUCUUUGGCGAGUUCAUGCGCAACAGCGGCGCCGGGGGUGAUGACUUUGACUUUGGCGGCUUUGGCAUGGGCGGUAUGCCCGGCGGAAUGGGCGGUGGUAUGGGCGGUGGCGGCGGUGGAGGUGGAAAAGGCGGCCGAUUCCGCGGCGGACGACGAGCACCAGAGCCUGAAGUCACAGUCGUGGAGAAGCCGCUUGCGGUGAGCUUGGAAGAGCUGUACAACGGCACUACGAAGAAGCUCAAGAUCAAGCGCAAGACAUAUGACCAGAGUACCGGCAAGCAAAGCACGCAAGACCGGAUUCUGGAGGUACCCAUCAAGAAGGGGCUGAAGGCUGGCAGCAAGAUCAAGUUCUCAGACGUCGGCGAUCAGGUGGAGGGCGGAACACAAGAUCUGCACUUCAUCGUCUCUGAGAAACCCCACGCAAUGUUCACCCGCGAAGGCGACGACGUCAAACACACGAUCGAAAUCGACCUCAAAGAAGCCCUCACCGGCUGGCGCCGAACCGUCCAAACCAUCGACGGCAAACAACUCAGCGUCGGCAGUGGCGGUCCCACCGGUCCCACCUGGACAGAACGAUACCCCAACCUCGGCAUGCCCAAGUCCAAGAAACCCUCAGAUCGCGGCGACUUCAUCGUCGGCGUAAAGAUCAAGUUCCCUACGAGCUUGACAAGCGCACAAAAGGAAAAGCUGAAGGAGAUACUAUAG